UUGGGUGCAUGCUCACACACAAACAUGUACAGUGUUCUAGUUUCUCACAUUCAGACAGGUGCGAUUCUCCGAGUAAGAUGGUCAUGGAGAAUUUCAGAGCAUAUUGCAGUAUCAAAAGAAUUUACCUUUUCAGGGUAUUGCUUCUGACUGUGGUAGCACUGAUCGUUUUCACGUGUUUUUCUGUUUAUGAAGAUAAAAGUGAAACACCGAGCCUUGGAUUUUGGGACAGACAGAUGAAAAACACACAAGAUGAUCAGCCAUUAUGGAAACCCGAGUUUCUAGGAGAAGUGAACAUGCAUAUUUUUGAAGACUGGUGUGGAGGAUCUGUACGUCAGUUAAGGACGAACGUGCUGUACCCUCUUUACCCACAUGUUCGAACCACAAUCACCAGGCUGGCUGUUAGUGCUGGAUGGAAAAACUACGGUCUGAGAAUCUUUGGAUACCUUCAUCCUAGAUAUAGUGGUGAAUACAUUUUUGCUAUUGCCUCUGAUAAUAAUGCAGAAUUCUGGCUGAGUUCAGAUGACAGCACCAAAAAAGUCAAUCUGAUGGCCUACCUUGGCAAGUCAGGAGAUGAAUGGGCAGCCCCAGGAGAGUAUGAGAAAUUUGCAUCUCAAAUAUCUGAGCCUGUAAUGCUAUCAAAAUACAUGCUGUAUUUCUUUGAAGUUCUCUACAAACAAAGUGAAGGAAUGGAUCACCUGGAGGUUGCUUGGCGUCGCAAUGAUGAUGAGAGUACUUUUGAGGUCAUCACUGCGGAGUAUUUGUCACGCUAUGUUGAUGAGUCUAAUAUACUGCUGGUGGAAAAUAAUCACAUCCCUCAAACAAAAGCCAGUCAUCAAAGGAUGUCCCCUGACCCCGUUUUCAAGCCAGAGAAGCCUCAAGUGGACAUGGUCAGAGCGGACCCACGAGACUUUAUGUAUAGAAUACCUCUGCUGAAGAACUUAGAUUUGGAAAAUGUUUUUCCUGAAUGUGAAUACUAUCCACUUCAUAUAUUUAAUAACGACACUAUUGAGAGAUAUGAUGGGAUAAAUUACGUUCACUACUCCUCUGUGUAUCCCAAUGACCACACAAGACUAGCUAAUGAAGGGAUUGAGAGAGAGAUAUGCUUUUACCAAAAGGAUGAAACAUAUGAUAAAGGAGGUGGAUUUGGUCAAUAUCUGAAAAUUGAAAACAGACCAGAAGAUGAAGAAAUAGUGGACAAAUCAAAAACAGAGAACACAAACAAUCCAAAAUGGAAACAGGUCUUCAGUGUGAAUGUUUCAGAUUUCCAAGCAAAGCAGAGUGAUUUUGUUGUUAAUACUUGCAAUAGAGCUGGAAAUAUUAUAAUGAUCAAAAAACAAGUCAUGCCUGUAGUUGAAGCCUUCAUGAGUCAACUAAGCAAAGCAGAUGCAACAAGGGAUCUGGUCUUAAAGCGUGUGAUAAAUGUGGAGAAGAAAACAGAUGAUGCUGUGGGCAGUCGAUACCUGUUGGAGCUAGAGCUGGAGAACACACAGGGGGAUAUCAUUCUGCUCUCCAAGUAUUUUUAUGCUUUGAAGGACAAAAAUAAUAAGAAGAAUCCAGAACGUCCAACCCUCUACAGCCCAAAAGGUUUCUCCUGGAAUCCAGACACGAUAGUCCAUGUCAUUCUAGCAGUGAGAAACCAAGGAAGAUGGGUCAUACAUUUCAUAAAGGAAAUGGAGAAAGUGUACAAAGCCACAGGAGACAAAAACUUCAACAUCAUUCUCAUAGACUAUAAUAGCACCGACGUUGAUGUAGAGAAGGAACUGAAAAAUGCAAAUGUACCAAGCUACCAGUUUGUGAGUCUGGGUGGACCUUUUGGCAGAUCACCAGGACUCCAAGCAGGAAUAGAUCUUGUUAGAGAUGACAACAGCAUUUUGUUUCUGUCUGACCUGCAUCUCCACUAUCCUGUGACAAUACUAGACUCCCUGCGUAAACACUGUGUGCAAGGGAAAAUGGUGUUUGCUCCUGUAGUAAUGAGACUGGAAUGUGGUGCAACAGUCCAGGCCCCUGCAGGAUUCUGGGAAACAAUGGGAUAUGGUCUGGUUGGAAUUUAUAAAUCAGACAUGGUUAAAAUUGGAGGAAUGAAUAUUAAAGAAUUUACAGACAAGUGGGGUGGAGAGGACUGGGAAUUGCUGGACCGAAUUCUACUGAACAAGCUGGAGGUGGAGCGACUGAACAUCAGGAAUUUUUUACACUUCUACCAUUCAAAGCAUGGCAUGUGGAACAACGAAUGAACAAUGAAUGAAACAACAUGUACUGUACAGCAACUGAUAGAAGGACGCGCAGUGCGUUGUGAAGUGUUUUUAAUAGGGCUGUCAGUUGAUCAAAAUUUUUAAUCUAAUUAAUUACAUGAUGUGACGAUUAAUUAAUCUAAUUAAUCGCAUUUAAUCAAACAUGAACAAUGGCUGAGAAAUUCCCCCCAAAAUGAUCAUUUAAAGUCAUUACUGUGUUAAACGAGCAUUAAAUAGACAUUACAACAAAUACUUUUUUAUAAAAACAGCCUAUCACUUAGACUACAACAUAUUUAGCUUGAGCUAAUCUUUCCUCUUUUGAUUUUUUUCAGUGUCAAACAGCUGAUUUAUUUUCGAAAGUACUGUAGUUCUUGACUAUUCGAAAUGCAUCCAUUAACCUUGUCUUCCACUAUAUUAACAGGCCUACAGUCCACAGAAAUCCAUUUAGCUAUCGUAUUUGCAAGUAUUUCCGAUGUAGGCUUGCUCGUUUUGUCGCGACUAGCCUCAGGCAGUGUGGUUUGGCAGAGCAUGUUGAUUGUAGCAGCCGGGGUUGUGCUAACUGUAGAACUCGCUACAACAUGCGUUGAGUUCAUGUGGUAUUUCAGGCUAGAACUGCUUCGAUGGUAUGCAAAUUCCUUACUGCAGACAAUGCAGAUGACUGGUUUGAUCAGUGGCUCCAUCUGGAUGAGUUUUAAAUUUACAUUGUCCCUUCAGAGGGAAGAUCUUUGUCGUGGUUUUGCAUCGUCACUACAGCUUACAGUGCUAAGAUGAUGUACAGGUCUGGCGCGAGGCAGGGCGGGAGAGGGUGCGUUAACUGCCUUAAAGUAUUUUAAUCACGUUACUUUUUCAUUACUAAGUUAACGCAUUAAACUGACAGCCCUAGUUUUUAAGUUUUUAAAAAACUUAAAAAGCAAAACCUUUUUUUAGCUAAAAAAACGUGUUACUUUUGAUUAAAUAAGAGAUCCACCAAAAGUGUUAAGUAAAUUUAAAACCGUGACACAUUUGAUAUGUUUUAAAAACAACCCCUGAUUACAGCGUUUUCAACAAUGUUUGAAAAAUCCCAACAUAUGUGUAGCACUUUUUUCCUGUCUGAUCAUAACAGGCCAUUCAUAACCACGGUGGCCGGGCAAGUGAACUAUGAAAAUUGGUUUUGCAUUUAAUGAAAAAACAACAAAAAAUGGCCGCCACUGUAUAUGCAUUCCUUUUUAUCCUAUUCAUUCCAUUAAUUUCUUAUUGAAUGUAUGUAUCUAUUUAGGGACAUUAUGUACUAACUGAUACAAGGUUUGUGUAUUUUACUCUAGAAUUUUAAUAGACUUUCAGUAUUUUUUUCUUUUUUAUAUAUUUUGAAUGUAUGCUGCAUUUGUACUGUACAGGUGUAAAAAUAUUGUAUGGCAUGACAGUGUCACACUUU